CCCCGCGCCGCCCACCCAUGUCCUUGUAUGAUCACUGCACGCGCUUCAUGGACUGAACAAAACCUUCUCCGAGCCGCAAGAUGGGCAAAGUCCAGUCGAAACACGCUUGUAAACGCAGGGAAAACCCAGAAGGAGACAGUUCGGUCACAAGUGGCCGCAGGGGGACAGAGGAUGGAGGGAAGUUGGACUGCAGACUGGAGGAUGGAGCGGAUAUGCCGAGCUCAGACCUCAGGGGGGCCCAGUUCCCAGACCACCACUGUCCCCUAGAGGUGGUGCUGCCUGUAGAGAAAGGAGAGGGUCAAGCCAGGACCCCCCAUGUGCGGGAUGGUGAGCAGGAGCCCCCGAAGGACUCCAGCAAGAGCUCCAGCAAGAAGCGCAUCAUCCUUGAUGAGCUGGAAUGUGACGUGUCCAUAGAGGAGGACAAUCGGCAGGAGUGGAUCUUCACCCUGUAUGACUUUGACAACAACGGCAAAGUCACCAGAGAGGACAUAUCGAGUCUGAUGCACACCAUCUAUGAUGUGGUGGACGCCUCCGUGAACCACUCGUCCGGCAACAAGAGCCGGACGCUGCGCGUGAAGCUGAGCGUGACUGCCGGCCCUGUCGCGCGCAGGAGAGAGACAUCCGGCGUGGGAGCAGUUACCCUCCAGUAUAUUGACUGUGUAAACAGUGACAGUGUUUACUCGCUGUUAGACCGGGACCUCGGUCACUGUCGGCAUGAUCUAGACCCUCAGGAAGAAGGGCGCUGUGUGGACAGACGGCUCACAACCCACUUCAGAAGGCAUAACAACGAAGUUCCACUAAGCCCAGAGAGAAACCAUUACUGCGUUGAUGAGAACACUGAGAGAAGGAAUCACUACCUGGACCUCGCUGGGAUAGAGAACUACACCUCUAGAUUUGAAGGAGGAUCUGCCCCUCUGCAGUUGCCCCCGGAGCACCGUGGGCGGGGUCCCCAAGCCCAGAACCGCUCACGCUCUCAGGAAUGUGAGACGCAGCCAGUCCACCAGCGCCGCUCACAGGUUCUGUUGGACAACUGUGCUCUCUCGGAGCCCCGCGGGAAGGCAGCCCCGGUCCUCAAAUUGCCCAAAGCGACCUCAAAGGGAGCAGGGGGAAGUCCAGUGGGUGUGUCUGGUGGGGGAAGCAAACCUAUUAGGUGCCACGGGCACUACCCACCCCCACAGCCAACCUCUCAUGGCGGGACAGGGGCACAGGACGUGUACCACCUCCCCUCUCAGCCUGGACCUCCUCACCACCCGCAUCCCGUGCCGCACGGCUCUAGCAGGCGGCUCCGGGCGAAGGCCAGGGAGGUUGUCUCCCCCUCCAGAGCCCCCUUCCCCGGGCAGCCCCUGGCACUGCAGCAGCAGCCUGUGUCCCCAGUCCCUCCAGGGAUGGAGAGGGAUCAGCCCCCCAUGCUCCCGGGCAGCCCUGGGCUUGUGGUUCCUGUGGUCCAGCGACACGAACACCACCAUCACCACGAACAUCAUCACCAUCACCACUACCACCACUACCAACAGUCAUGACCCCACCAUGCUGUGGGGAAGGGGGAUACGUGAACCAGGGAGAGAGAGGAGAGAGAGCCUGGGACAGUAAUAUUUCCAAGGGAGUAUCUCCAUCUCCCAUCAGGAUUUUUUUUUAACUCAUCUUCUUUCUGCAGUCUCAAGCUGCCAACACGUCCUGGUUAGCCCUCGAAAACUGUGGAAUUUAGACUGCUGUUACUUUCAGAAGCAAAGCUAUGUAAUUUCCCAAAAGGGUUAUGUUGUCUGAAGAAAUAAUUAUAGACCUUUCAUUAAAUUACAUAUUAUACUACAGUCUGCUACAGAAGCAGAACGGUUUAAUUGUAUCCUGUUUAUUUAGACCUCACCAGCUGGACAUUUUCAUGUUUUCUCUUUAUAUCCAGUUGAUAUUCAAUGGAGAUUUUGUAAUAUUGUUCUUUAUAAUGUCUCUCUUCCCAGCCAUAGACCUCAGGUUAAAGAUGCUGCUCUUUAGCAUUAAUAAAAAAGACUAAUUCCCUGGAAACCUGCUGUGGACUGGGGACCUUUUAUUUUAAAAAUACUAUAACAUAUUUUCAAUCACCACUGCCGUUAUAAAUUUA